AUGGCUGGCUGCAGGUUCCGGGAUGUCCCAAAGCUAGACGUGGCCCACUGCUGGGGCCCAAGGAGCCCUGGGGCUGAGGCGUGGGGCUCGCGGGCCAGGACGCAGGCGUGGCUAUGGGGCGCACGCGGCCGCUCCCUGGCCUUGGCGCACGCUGCCCGUGAGCUCCACACGGGAGACCGGCGGCACUCGGCGGGGGUGGGGCCGGGCGGGCGUCGUCUGAGCCUGUCGGAGGCGGGGAUCGUGAAUUCGGCGCCCCACCGUCUGCAGCCCCACCUGUGCCUCAUGCGAUUGGACAAGCCCAUCGGAACCUGGCUGCCGUAUCUGCCAUGUACUUAGAGCACUGCUUUCGCAGCCCAACCAGGUGGUUUUCCGGAUUGGUACAUAUUAUCCCUCUUUGGCACUGGAGCUGUUCUGCUGCGUGGAGCAGGCUGUACUAUUAAUGACGUGUGGGAACGGGACUACGAUAAAAAGGUUACAAGAACAGCAAGUCACCCAAUAGCUGCUGGAGACAUUUCAACUUUUCAAUCCUUUGUUUUUCUCGGGGGACAGCUGGACUUGGCACUAGGCGUUCUUCUGUGUCUGAAUUACUACAGUAUAGCUUUUGGAGCGGCAGCCCUACUUCUUGUCAUCACCCACCUGCUAAUGAAGAGAAUUACAUACUGGCCUCAAUUAGCCUUGGGGUUGACUUUUAAUUGGGAAGCAUCACGUGGAUGGUCUGCUAUCAAGGGCUCCUGUGAUCCAUCUGUUUGCCUCCCUCUUUAUUUUUCUGGAAUUAUGUGGACCAUAUACGAUACUAUCUAUGCUCGUCAGGACAAGACAGAUGAUGCUCUGAUCGUGAAGUCCACGGCAGUGCUGUUCCGUGAAGAUACCAAGCAGUGGCUCGGUGGCUUCAGUGUGGCAAUGCUGGGGGCGCUGAGCCUGCUGGGAGUGAACAACGGUCAGCCUGUGCCCUACUGCACUGCUCUGGCUGCUGCAGCAGGAGCCCAUCUGGCUCACCAGGUUUACACUCUGGAUAUCCACAGACCUGAGGAUUGCUGGGAUAAAUUCACCUCCAACAGAACAGUAGGACUAAUAAUUUUUUUAGGGAUUGUCCUUGGGAAUUUGUGGAAAGAAAAGGAGGCAGAUGAAACAAAGAAAAAUAUAGAUAAUAGAAUGGAAAAUUAG